AGAGAGGGGACAGAGCCAGUGAGCUAAACAGAGAGAGAAAAUAAAGGGGCGGACUUUCUAUCACAUAUACUUGAGAGAGAGAGAGAGAGAGAGUUCCAGAACAAUCGUCAACUUGGGACAGAAGUGUUGAUUCCGUGGGAUUAUAAACUAGCAAAAUUGUUUUCUUCCGCUUGAAAUUAAAGAAAAGAUAAAGCAUGAAGCUCAUCUUGUUGAUGGUGUCCACGCUGCUCCUGCUGGUCGGAGAGGGUAGUGCAGAUCGCAUCCUCUCCAGCAAGAGGGUGAAGAGGGACCUGACCAGCCCCCUGCACCGUGGGGGCAUAAGGGACCCGUUUGGCUCCUACUGCCAGAGGAGGGGGGGCUGCUGUCCAGGCCGAGACGACCUGUGCACCGUGCCCUACCUUGACACCAUCUGCUACUGCGACCUGUUCUGCAACCGCACCGUGUCAGACUGCUGCCCUGACUUCUGGGGACAUUGCCUGGGCAUCGAACCCCCCUUCAUCGGCCAAUGUGUAAGAAACGGAAAUAAGUUCUUAUCAGGCCAAACCUACAAGGAGAACUGUAACUUAUGUACAUGUGGGACCACGGGACGCUGGGAGUGUGAGCAGAACGCCUGUCUGAUAGAGAACGACAUGAUCCAGUCUGUCAACAGAGGGGACUAUGGAUGGAAGGCCACUAACUACAGUCAUUUCUAUGGCAUGAGUCUGGAAGAUGGCAUCCGGUACCGACUAGGCACCCAGCGGCCGUCUAGAACCAUCAUGAGUAUGAACCAAAUCCAGAUGAACAUGGACCCACAGAGCGAGCACCUUCCUGGAUACUUCAACGCUGUGGAGAAGUGGCCCGGGAAGAUCCACGAGCCACUGGACCAGGGCAACUGUGCAGCCUCCUGGGCCUUCUCUACCGCAUCGGUGGCCUCGGACCGCAUCUCCAUCCAGUCAAUGGGUCACAUGACUCCCCAGCUCUCGCCGCAGAACCUCAUUUCCUGUGACACGCGCAACCAGGGUGGCUGUGCGGGGGGGCGCAUUGACGGUGCCUGGUGGUUCCUGAGGAGAAGAGGGGUGGUGACGGAGGACUGCUACCCCUACGUCCAGCCCAAGCAGACCCCCGUGGAGGCGGGCCGCUGCAUGAUGCAGAGCCGCUCGGUGGGCCGUGGGAAGAGACAGGCCACGCACCGAUGCCCCAACUCACGCAACUACCACAACGACAUCUUCCAGUCCACGCCACCAUACAGGCUCUCCUCCAACGACAAGGAGAUCAUGAAGGAGAUCAUGGAUAAUGGCCCCGUGCAAGCGAUUAUGGAGGUGCAUGAGGACUUCUUUGUGUACAAAAGCGGCAUCUACAAACACACAGAUGUCAGCCUCACUAAACCGCCACAGAGCCGCAGACAUGGCACACACUCCGUCAGGAUCCUCGGAUGGGGAGAGGAGAGAGAUUAUAAUGGACUCCCAAAGAAAUAUUGGAUUGCGGCCAACUCUUGGGGGAAGAACUGGGGCGAGGACGGCUACUUUCGCAUCGCUCGUGGCGAGAAUGAGUGUGAGAUUGAAACCUUUGUGAUCGGCGUGUGGGGGAGGGUCACGAUGGAGGACAUGCACAACGAACCCAACCGCCACCGACGCAACUAGAGACCCUUUCCUUCGACACACAAAAGCUCCCAUGUGGCGAUCUUCUUUGUUCUGGAACCUACCAUGCCCUGGAGGAUAACAAGUGACCAGUUGUAGUUCCAACAGCUUCCGCUGACCUGGUAUACUUGGAAAGGCCAGUUUAUACCCAAGAUGACCCAUAUCACCUAUGUUGUCUCUCACAUUAAACCCUAUGACGAUGGGGGUCUGCAUUACUAUUCCCGUAACUAUUGCUGUGUCUAGCACCCCUUUAGCGAAGUUACAAAAGAGAUGAGGAUAUGAAAAUAUAUUUGACACCACUUCACUAAUGUACGAAUUAACUAAGUUGUAAUUAAAGUAGUAAGUUGUAGUAGUACAAGUAAUAGUUAAGCAACUCAGGACUAUGCCAAAGACCACACUUUCCAGAAUCCUCAUUUUCUGGUAUACACAUGUUCACAAUAUAGUUUCAUAUAAAAGCUUUAGUUGUAGUUUUAUUUUUCUUACUUUAAAGCCUUGUAGGGUAUUGGGCAGUUUGGGAGAAGAGAGGGGACUUACCUUGAGAUCUUCUGUCACCCCAAUUAUUUUUCAAUAGAGAAAGGGUGUAACAAUUAUAUGGAAAGAUCCCAAAGCAGACUCACUACAUUUACAUAGAAAGAGUAGUUAAUAGCUAUACAUUCCAAUGAAAAGAUGAAUACACUGUUAUAAGUAGUGAAAAAGAAUGCCCAAGGGAGGGCGGCGAGGAUAGGGCGAUGAGUGUGUUAGAAAGCACAAUGAUUGUAGAAAAAGUUUAUUUUUUAAGGCCACUAUCUUGCAUAGAUGUUCACAACAACGUAGGUGCAAGUACUUUUGAUUGUUGGGGCCAAUACCACCAGAAAGGUGGAUUUUCCUAAGAGAUUUCAGUAUUUAAUAUUUAUAUCCCAAACCUUUGUGGAAAACAUUUUCUCCCCAUGCUUUUAUUUUGCAGUGUGAAUACUACUUUCCAUUAAAGGUGAAGUGUGUAGAAUUGAGUGGCAUCUAGCAGUAAGGUUGCAGAGAGCAACUAAUAUUCAGUUGGUUGCUCAGUUGGGUUAAGCUACUUCACAACUUAUAGUAUGGUGCCACGGUGUGUAUUUGUGUGUGUGUGUGUGUGUGUGUGUGUGUGUGUGUGUGUGUGUGUGUGUGUGUGUGUGUGUGUGUGUGUGUGUGUGUGUGUGCAUGUGUGGUGUGUGCGUGUGCGGGUUAAGCUUCUCGGUCACUUAUCGUGUCACUUGCAUAACAUUUAUUAAGAUGACUCCCUAAUCCAAAGGGACUGACAAAAAGUGCUUUCAACCAUGAAGAUAUCCCAAAAAGUAACUUGGGUGUUCAUAAAACCCAUCAAAUAAGCCAAACUACUCCUACUCCUAGCUCUACACACUCAGCAGGUUAAGCUUACACUUUAAGGGAAAGCUGAAGCUGGGCUUGUGUAGAUUAAUAGCGGUGUAACAUGGCGAGCACUCUGGCAGAGGACUUGCUCCCUACGUAGAAACCACAACGAUUCUUAUUUUCAUGGGAUUAAACACUAAUUAAUACACAUUUAUGAAUAUAAUAUAUUCCAUUUCUGCCAAAUCCGUUCUGCCAUUUGCCACUCAAUUCAAACACCUUCAACAACACUGAAAAAGGGGCAUUGAGCUCCAACUUAAUGCAUUUUCUUAUGCCUCUACCCUACGAUCUUUCAUUCGUUCUUUCCAACCUGUAGCGUAGCAAACAUUACGACAAUGGUCAUAGAUUGGUUUAUGAAAAGCCUGAAAGAAUCAGCAAUAUUUUCGGUGAAGAAUAUAGUCUUUCUGUAAUGUAGACUUAAUUUGUCCUAUGUGUGUACGCUAUGUUACAAUGUGAGCUGAAGAUGUCAAUUUUUCAUUGUUGUAAUUGUACUGUACUCUGCAUUCUAUUACCUGUUAUGAAAAUUAUGUAUCAUUCUUUAUUCCCCACUCCACAAAAAAUGCACAUAGGCCUACUGGUAAUCACAUUUGUUUUCAAACACCAGAGGGCAGGAGGGGUUUAAGCCAAGUGUAUUUAAUACUGACUUAUUGUAGAUCAUAUUAUCAUAUAUCAAACAGUAUAAUGUAUUGCAUGUAAGGCCAUUUUAAAAGUAAAAUAUCAUACAUGUUGCUGCCUAUGUAGAUAUUAUCCCCACACCAUACAGUUAUCUUUAGCCUUGUGUGUUCCUUGCCUUAGAAAAUGUCAGCUUCUUGUGUUCAAACUGAGGCUUAUGAACUGUAUUUUAGGAUUAAGACAUUAUACAGUAAUGUUGUUAGACCUAGAAUGCCUUUAACUGCAUUCGAAAGAGCUUUAUGCAAAGCUAGCCUUUAAGCUAGCUGAGAAUCUGCUUUUUUUUUCCCAUACAUCAGCUUUUCCCCUCCAGUUUAGCUGUGCGGUGCUAAAUGAUGACCAUAGAUAGACAUGAAAGGUUGUGAAGCAGGGUCGGAUGGACAAGAAAUAAGCAAUGUGGAGUUGUCAAGCGUUAAGAAGGAGGUUUGGUCACAUAGUGAUGUUCUAAAUCCUCGCUGAAUCUGUGUUGUUAAAAUACGGUGAGAUGCUGUAGAGGGUCCCCUGCUUUAUACUAUCAUUAGCAAGCCAACUAGCUAAGUGUUUAUCAAUGCCUCGUAGUUGUUCAAAACUCAAAAAUGUCAGUACAAUUUAAAUCGUUUUUAUGUUUCACGUAGACUGUAAUCAAUGGAGAUGUUUAAAAUGUGGCAACAGAGCUAAACAGUUCUUAAUGACCAGUAUAAGCUACCAUAACAGUCAUUAUCAUGGUAUUUUCUUCAUUCUUCAGACUUUUCCCCUACAUCUAAUGAGUGGCAGGCUUGUUAUCAACCUGAUGUGAGUGCGCUUCCAUUCCCAAGCACUCAGUCAACAGACGUCUUUAUAGGUAAUAGGAUAAGCUAGCUGCAGAUGAGACACAACCAGGCUAGUAUUUCAUUCUAGACGAAAUUAUUGUGAUUUUGACCCAAAGUCCGAAUUUUAGCACAUCUCAUUGAUGGCAAGUCUACGAAAAGCGAGCAUAUCCGCUAAUCUUCAUUUGGUUGAGAAAAUGACGUGGCUUGGAAUUAUGAUUAUUUCCUUCCAUCUGAAAACAAACCAAAGAGACCCCUUUAAGGGAACCUUAUCCUGUCCUUUUUCUCCAGCUUUCUACAUCUCCAGUCCAAUAAAUAGUUAAAGUCAAAGGCACAACUCCAUGUUCUCUAUUUUUGUAUUUGUAUACUUAAUUUAUGAAAAGAUACAUUUAUAUGCCAUUAGGCCUACCCUUCUUUGUUUCCUGUGCAAUGUUUUAAUAUCACUCUGUCUGGUGCAUCUUGUGCACUUCAUUCAAAACCACAAAAUAUCUCACUUUUGUGGCCCAAUAAAGGCUUUCAUAAACAGCAA